ACUCACUGAGUUCAAAGCUGCUUUCCGCAAAAGACAUUCCAGUGUACAAUGAGUGGGUAGAGCGUUACUACUCGGAUAUUAAAACCAUGCCGGCAAUAUCUGAUUACGAUAUGAAUGCAAUGUUAGCUGAAGAGUCAAGAUUACACACGACAGAAUUCAACACGAAUUGUGCCCUGUACGAGCUCUACACAUACGCAGGAAAAUACAACGAACAAUUAAUAGUAACCCUCGAGGAGCAUGAGCUCUCCCAGAAGCAGAGAUUGGCGUACAAACUCGAGCAGGUGCACAAUAUAAUGGCAGCCGAUGCUAAUCCCUGAUGUCCCGUUAUACCAACCAAGUAUCCGAUAAAGCCCAGGCACGAGUGGCCCUGCUGAGGACCUGUCAACACUUGGUUACGGAUUUAAUUGCCAUAAAAAUUUCAAUCAAAAACCAAUAAAACGUGGCCUUACGCUAUCAAGAACGUUGUGACGUCGACGCCAGAACGAACAGAACAAAGAACAAUUCAUUAGAACAAUAUUUACCCCUCGUUUUUAUUUAAUUUCGUCAAGUAAAAUCAAAUUGUUUUCUAAUCGUUCCAAUUUUGUGAUUCAAUGCGUGAGAUAA